CUCCUCCUCCUCCUCCAUCAUCGUACGCCAUGAAAGUUACUCGAGCAAUGCCGUUAGGCGAUGCUUCCAUACAAAACGGUUGUAGUCCCCAUCAGGCAUGCGCGCGCCAUGUAAUCAGUAGGCGUCUUGCCUGCAGCCUCAUGUUGCGGCCGUAGCAGUAGCUCCGAUUUUGCCGAUGACUUGGAAAUUCUCUGCGUUUACGAGCCUAUAGCUUGCAGUCGGCCACAUUUCCUAGGUCGCUGUAAAGUCGAGAGACUCAGAGGCUUUCCUCUCAGGAGAUUACCGUAGACAUCGACGUAGGGUGACUGCCAACGACUCGUCACUGGCAUGCAGCUCUUCACCUUGAAUGCAGACGUCCUCAAUAUUAUCCUGUCACUCGUCAACCCCUACGAUGCGUUCCAACUGUCCUUGACGUGCCGAGACGCUCAACCAAUGGCAACAUCACGCUUCCUGGAGGCAGUCGUGUUCCCGCUCCCUUGGCUAUGCUCCUCCACCGCCAAACGCUCACCGCUAGCCUACCCAGAGCUCUACGAACAGUUUCGCGCCUACAUGUUUGCCCAUGGGUCGUAUCGACUCCGUCAACUCAAAUCUCUCACUCUUGCGGAAGACGCUUUCUGUAUCCAGUACGGGUCACAGCAUCUCGAACCGCCACGGUACACGUUCACGCUCGCAGCACCACUUGCCGAGGUUAUCCGAGCUGCAGCGGACUUGCGUAGAAUCUGCAUCGAUCAGUCGGACGCCGUUUUUGAUGCUGCGCCGCGGCUCGUCGACGCCAUAGCGAGUCUCCCGCAGCUCCAGGAGAUCUGCUUUCAUGGUGCUGGCGUAUCCACACUUGAACUUCUGUCGAGAAUGCAGAGCUGCCCUCGCAAAAUCGAGCUUCGCUUGAUCGAAUAUCGAAAUACGCUCGACAUAUGGUCGGGUCAAUACGUCCGAGGAGCCGGCCGCUUCCUAAGGAACGUCACGGAGUCCCUGGAGUCCCUCAGUUUGCAAGGAGGCCUCGACAUCAUCGAGGAGCUGGAGCCUGAAACGGUAUGGCCUGCUGUCCGUGAAUUGAAGCUUGCUCGUGGUCCUAUGGUGAAUUUGACGGCUAUGGCAAAUGCAUUUCCAAACCUGCGCCGUUUGCACGUCGAAUAUCCGCCUUCGAUUGCGACAGGUUCCAUUGGGCAAUGGCGAGAGCUCGACUUCGUCUGCACGAUGCAUCCCCUUCCUCUCCAGCACCCCGUCCGACACUUGAAGAUGAACUGGGUCUUUCUCGGGAAAUACCUCCCCACUCCACAGCGCGAGGCUGUGGUAAAUAGCACCAGUCUCAUGCUACGAUAUACGCAGCCCGUCGUACUCGAGUGCAACGCGUGCAAGAGCACGUAUUCGUGCAUCGCUCGCAACGCGUCCUCCGUCCGCUUUUUGGGGAUCACCGGUGCACCCACUCGGGGGCAUGUGGACGAGAUCGAGCAACUCUAUCGGAUAGACAUAUGAUUUCUCGCUCCUUGCAGCGGUCCCUCUGAAAGGGAUAGCCGUCGUAAUCCGACCGUGGUGCAGGGCCUUCCACUGGCGACAAUGCGCUCGCGCCAUCGCAGCCUGCAUAUCUACGUUGGAAUACGUUGGCGUGCGCCAAAAGGCAGAUACAUGGUCGCUUGCCGGUCAAUGGGACGGGCCCGAGCCAUAUCAGUGGUAUCGUGUCACUGAGCGCACAGGGAGAAACGACUUGGCUGUGGAGCCUUUAUCGGAAGGGGAAGGUGCUGUCGUACAUUCUGCACUCCUCGCCAUGUCUCACGGCAGAUGUACCUG